CCCUCCUCCCCCUCCUCCCUCCAUCUUCUCCUCUCGACAGGCGGCAGGAUGGACGUCGUAAAUCAGCUGGUGGCCCAGGGUCAGUUCAGGGUGCUGAAGGUUCCUCUGGGUUUCAUUAAGGUCUUACAAUGGUUCUUCGCUAUUUUUGCCUUCUCCACCUGCGGCAGUUAUUCUGGGAUGUUCCGGAUGACGGUCGAGUGCAAGAAGAACCACACGGACACCGACCGGAGCAUAGACGUGGAGUUUGAGUAUCCGUUCAGACUCCACCAGGUAUACUUUGAUGCGCCCACCUGUAAUGAGGGGAACAAGGAACGGUUGUUCCUCGUUGGGGACUACUCCUCCUCGGCCGAAUUCUUCGUCACCAUCGGCGUCUUUGCCUUCCUGUACUCUACGGCAGCUCUUAGCAUCUACAUCUUCUUCUUUGAAAAGUACAAAGAGAACAACAAAGGCCCGCUGAUUGACCUUGGUGUGACCGGCGUGUUCGCCUUCAUGUGGCUGGUGAGUUCGGCAGCCUGGGCCAAAGGUCUGUCGGACGUGAAGACGGCUACCGACCCUGAUAAAGUCAUCACCAUGAUCGCUGCCUGUAAUUCCGAGGGAAACCACUGCCGUGAAGUCCACGACCCGGUCAUGUCUGGACUCAACACCUCUGUGGCAUUCGGCUUCAUUAACCUGGUGCUGUGGGUGGGAAACCUGUGGUUCGUCUUUAAAGAAACGGGCAUCAUCGCGCCCUUCAUGCGUGCUCCACCUCCUCAGACAAAACCUGCGGCACCAGACACCUACGGCCAGCAGGGGGCGUAUGAACAAGACCCAUACGCCAGCAACCAGGGAGGUUACCAGCCAGACUACAGCCAGCAAGGAUACAACCAGGAUGCAGAGUACGGUCAGGGCUACGGCCAGCAGGGGGCGCCCACCUCCUUCUCCAAUCAGAUGUGAGCUGGCACCAAGUAGGAAGCGUCGGAGUGAACCAACAGUGGGUCGCCUGCAACCUACCCACAAUGCAGCACUCCUAACGGGUGGGGUGGGACGGGUGAGGGAGGUUUAGAUGUUCACUAUAAAGAAUCAAUGUGUAAAUGAUAAAAAAAGAGAGUUCUAAAAAACAAAUCCACAACUUGAAUAAACCACCAAAACAACAACAACAACAACAACAACAACAACAAUGCUGACAAACAGAAACCCUCUAAAUCCAUGUUGAUAAGAGUUAUUCAUAUUAAAGUACAUAAUCUGUGGACAGAAUGUAUGUUUGUGUUAUAUAGAUAUCACCUUGAACAGAUAUAUAAUAUAGACUCAACUGUUUCUUCCUGUUUCCAAUGAACCCAAAUAUAAGCCCCGCCCCCUGCUAGCUGCUCCGCCCCUUCUCCCACAUCAACAAACCAGGCUGACACCUGCAAUCUGUGAAACUGUUCAUACUGUGUUCACAUUGAAUCAGAUCCAAACCGGAUCAAGCGUGUGACAUCGCCUCCUUGUCGUCUGCCGUAUGUCUUGCUGCAUGUAAAUAUACACACAGGAAGUGAUGUCACGCUGUGGUCUCAGUCUGAACCGCAGCUUCACGGUGGCACCGGGUGGAAACUGGGUCCAAAAUGGCUCCUGAUUAUUACAGUUUGAGUGUUUGGGGCUCAGCGGUCUGUUACAUUCCUGCUACCCAAACGUCCGUCUGAAUCUUUGUGAGAAACAUUUAUAUAGCGUCAGCUCACAGCAUGCGUCAUGUCAGGGCUCCGACUGGGUAGCGUGACAAUACCACCGUAUAUAUAUACAUAUAUAUGUGUGUGUAUAUAUACGUAUACAUAUACAUAUAUAGUGUAUUGUGUGCUUGGUGGUAAGGCUGAGCGACAACAGGACAGCAGCAUCUGGAGAACAGGGUGAGGGUUUGAUGAGGACUCAUCAGACCACAGUCUGGCCUUUCAGUGUAUUACCAGAAUAACAUUAAAAAAACUAUGCAGCAAAAACCAACACAAAAAGAAAACUGUAAAAAGAAAUCUGCAGAAGUAGAACACAGGCAGAAACCAACAGCUGAGCGCCGCUGUGGGUCAGGCCAGGUCAGACACAAUUCACCCAAAAUGCUGUUUCAUGAAACAGGAAAGUCCCUCCUGUUCUUCACUUCUAGCUUCAGCCCGACCAGUUGAGGCUGGUUAUGCUGCACUGUCUUUCUAUUCAAGGAGAGCUCUUCCUCCACGGUUGCCGCACAAAAGGCAUCCAAAGGAACCUUUGGAUUAGUCGGCUUUCUCUGAACAACGAUGAGAGGUGCCCGAUGUCAUGAGUUGGUGCUACAUAAAUAAAACUAAGUUGAAUUAAAACAAAUUCCUUGAACAGAUGAAACAAAAUCAGUGCUUCUAAAGGCAACGUUCCCACAGGACCGAGGCCAAAUCAAAGUCCAGAUGUUCCACACCAGGGCACAGACACAUCAGAUAUACAUGAAACACACUGCUGAUAAUUAAAUACACGUUUUUAUUCACAGUUUAUCUUGAUUGACUUAAUAAAUGUAACUUGAUUCAAACUAUUAAAAAUAUUUUAGAGAUGUUGUCCGUGCCGUGCAGUGGGUCAAUGCUGGAUUAGCAUCAGUAGUGUUAGCUCGCUGGGCUGCCAGGAAUAUUAGACCAACUUCAUCAGAAAACAUGUUAAACAAAACGAACAUGUGAUGCUUCAAAAGUCACAUCUAUAAUUUAAUGAAAUGGAGUUAAUUAAAAAUGGCCGCCUUCAUGUUUGUGCGAUAACAAAUUAAAACAUAACCUUUAGAUUAAACAUUCAGAUGGACGUUUGGGAGAGAUUGUUGUUGUUUCCAUUUUUCUUUGCCUUUUCUAAUCAGAGGUCUUUCUGGGAAGGUCUGCUUCUUCUUCUGGGAUGUUUUUUGCGUGGGUAUCUUCCUGCUCUUCUUCUUCAAGGGUUGUUUUUCCGGACAGUGAAGCUGUUUUAGCGUCGGUAUCUUCCUCGCAUGGUGACGUGUUUUCUGCUCGUGUUGUUCAGUAACUGAUGAUCAGUGUGAUUCUUCCUGUUACCUGUACAGGUGUGCGUGUGAUUGGUCAUUACCUGUCCAUUCUUCUUCUCUCUCGAAGGCACACUCUUUUGUAAUUGUUUAGUCAUCUUUCAUCCCCUUUUUUCUUUUUCCUCACUUCAUUUUUCUUCUACGUGGUUCUCCUCGCGGCCUCUGUGCUGUAACUUUCUGUGUAUCUUGGUCAGCAUUUGUAACCACGGCGACAGUGUUGACAGUGGUGAUGACAACGAUGAUGAUGAUGUGUGUGACUUGUUGCUAUGGAGAUGCCCCCCUCCCCCUGCUGUGUUCAAUCAGUGCAAAGUUUCAAUAAACAACAAAAAAAACGG